AUACAAGCCAUGAACUACACUAAAGAUCCCACGUGUGGUUCCUGUUUAAAAAUGCCUUCUUAAAAAACAUAGCCACCACAGUGUGAUGAAGACCGAUGAAUGAUUCUUUUUCGUUCCUAUUUUCCUGUUCCACAAUGCAGUAUUAACCAGGAAGCCUGAGUCUCGUGACUUGUGCACGCAGUCAUGGCAGCUGCUACACCCGGUUUGGGGGACCUGUCCCGUCUGUACCAAACCGAGUUUGUGCGGAGUGCUCGUGCGGUAGGCGUGCUGUGGGCUGUAUGCACGCUGUGCUUCGCCAUCAUUCAAGUGGUCAUCCUCGUGCAGCCUUCCUGGAUAGGAACUGCAGACAUAACCCACCCGGGGACAGGGCCGGUGCCACCUAGUGGGACCCUGGGAUUAUUUGAGGUGUGUCUAGAGUCCGAACUGCCCGUUCCAGACUGUCGCGGCCGACUCUCCAGUCUCUCCCCGCUGCCGUCCUUCCAGUCUGUGGCUGUCUUGGUAGGCGUGUCGCUGUGGGCGGUGUGGACAAGCGUGGUCUGUCUCUUACUCUUCCGGUUCUGCAGCGCCGCCACCGUCUACAAGAUCUGCGCCUGGCUGCAACUCACAGCAGGGUUCUGCUUGGCGUUAGCAUGUCUAUUAUUCCCUGACUCGUGGGAGAGUCCAGAGAUGAGAGUCCUCUGCGGCGACUCUGUGGGCAGCUUCUCUUCGGGGAACUGCUCUGUCCACUGGGCCUUCAUCCUGGCCAUCCUUGGUGUUUUGGAUGCCGCCAUCCUAGCCACCCUGGCGUUUGUUUUGGCAAACAGACAAGAUGCCCUCUUGCCGCCACUUGGAAAAGAAGUGACUACAGGACUGCUGAUGUCGGCAUAGACACCAUGUGACUCCUCUUCUCCUCGACACAAACCAAUGGCAACAUCAUCAUGGUCACAAUGACAUCAUGCUGAUGUCAUGAAGGCACAACAUACUAGUAUUUACAGUAUUUGAAAAGUGCAACUGUUGUUUCUCAAGUCCCUAUGUUCAAGUAAUAAGUUUUGUAGUUAGAAAUUGACUGGUUUACUCUCCCAAACUUUAACAGACAACCAUAAUUUCUACCUUUAGCUAAGAUUAUUUGAGAAUUUUUCUCCCACAAUAUCAAAGUGAGCUAUCACCCAAUUGCGGGAUGCCUCCAAAAGUGAUCAUCAAUUAUCAUGUAGUGUUGCGUGUUUUAGGAAUUACUGUGUGUCUAUCAAGUCAGUCACAAGAACCACAGUGGCGUUACUAGGUGAUGAAAAAGGUUUGCCAUGCUUCUCCAUUUGUAAAUAUUAUUACUCUUGUUUUUUUCUUUGUAUUUUCCAUAAAAUCAAACACGUUUUUUUCCUAGGUCAAGUGUACUACUGUCUUACCUUUGAAAACCUUUGUGUAAUUGUAAAUGCAUAUUUUUGUGACCCGCACGUUUAACCCAUUUGAAAUAUAAAGUUACCGCAUUGAUUUUUGAUAUUUAUUUUUUGAUGUUAUUAUUUCUGAGAAAUUAUGUACACGAUCAUCGUGAUUUUGCACAUCAACUUAGUGUCUUUAAUAACUGUAAAAAAUGUAUUGUUAUCAAAAUAAGAAGCUACCUACCUGAUUUAUUACACAUUAAUAGCAGUAAACAUUUACACUUUUGAGUUCAACUACAGUACAACCUGUGUACUGUAUAUUGCGUGUGUUGUAGUGCGUGUUUGUGUGACUCAACUUGAUUUGAUUCAAAACUAGCUCAUUGUUACAUAGCUUUAUGAUCUUGUUACCCUCUAAAAUAAUGUAUCUACUUAGGCACACUUUGAUAUCCUGAUCAUUUAUGUUUUCCAAGAAAAUUCAUUGUUCUUAAGGGGUGUUUUACCCUGCAUUGUGUGUACUGUACCACGCAUUAGCUUCGCUUUGGGAGAGGUUGACUGUUACCCAUUGUUUUCACGCAAACAAAUAAAAUGUGUUC